AAAAAAAAAAAAAAGUGCAGUCUUUAAACAAAGUAGACAUUUAUAUCCUUUUCUCUUUCCAUCUCUUCAUUUCACAUCUCAUAUUACAUCACAUCACAUCACCUUUCAUUCCUCUUUUUCAUUUUCAUUUUCAUUUUCUUUUUAAGUGCUUCUUGUUGACAUAUUUAUCCCUUUUCUCUAUUAAUUUUAUCCCUUCUCAGCCCACUGUGUAAAUCACCCCCAAACACACCAUAUUCACUUGAGUGCUCCAUGCAGAACAACAGCAAUAGUAUCCAGCAGUUGCGGGAUGUGGCUGUUGUGAAUAGUCAGCCUAAGAGAAACACAGCCAUGGAUGCUGGCAAUGUUACCACAAAGUCUUAUGCCCAGGAGUUUCCUGCUCAGCGAGUCACUGGAUUCUAUGGGACGAUGGUCAAUGCCUUUGGUACUUGCAUCGGAACUUUUGGCAUGAUCCCAUGCUGCAUUUGCUGCCCUAACCCCUACAAGACCAUUGAACAGGGCACCAUUGGGUUGGUUACUCGUUUCGGACGGUAUUACAAGACAGUAGACCCAGGGUUGAUUCGCUUAAACCCUUACACAGAACGAGUUUUCAACGUGGACAUGAGAGUUCAAAUUUCUAAUAUCCCUAACCAAAUGAUCAUGACCAAGGAUAAUGUCAAUGUUCAUAUUGAUUCAAUCAUUUAUUGGCAUAUCAUUGAUCCAUUUCAAGCAACCUAUGGAGUCUCCGAUGUCCGACAGGCACUAGUGGAACGAACCCAGACCACGCUGAGACAGGUGCUGGGCGCUAGACUAUUACAGGAAAUCAUUGAAAAUCGCGAGCAGUUGGCCCAUGAAAUUCAGGAUAUUAUUGACGACCCUGCACACGCUUGGGGAGUCACCGUCGAGAGCAUUCUAAUUAAAGAUAUCAAAUUUUCAAAGAGUCUUCAAGAAUCACUUUCAUCCGCAGCUCAAGCCAAACGUCUGGCCGAGUCUAAAGUCAUUCAGGCACAAUCCGAAGUCGAUAGCGCUAAACUGAUGCGUCAAGCUGCUGAAUUCCUAAAUACCCCUGCGGCCAUGCAGAUCCGAUACCUCGAAUCGAUGGCAGCCAUGGCACGGCAUAGUGGUAACAAGACAAUCUUUAUGCCAACCUCGGAUGACGCGAGAACACAUUUUUACCCUGCGGCAGCGUCAUCCGGAGCCAAUUCAAGUGGGAACCCUCUUUCAAAUCUGAAGAUGCCUUCAGCCUCGGUCUCUAGCUCUGAUGGCUCUCAACAGGUUUUAACAUAUCCGCAACAUUAAACGCUCAAGUCAUUGGCAAGCAUACGGAGAGAUAGGCACACAUGCGCACGAAAGUAAAACGCAAAUAGCAAAUACGUAUCUAUAAUUUUUUCCAUUAAAGUUUUAAAGCGUGUUGUUUGAGGCCUGAAUGCUUCAAGAGGU